AUGAUAGCAGUCUUGGCUUUUUGUCUGCCAUGGAUGGCAGUGGGUCAUUGGGGUUUGGGAGGUGAUUUACAAGGAGCUAUGUUGGGAGUUCUAUUCGAUGGUUCGCUUCGACAAGGUGUCGACGAGAUCAUGGCUUCGAUUUUUGGGUGGAGGCAACACCUUGGGUUGGACCACCCACCUAUUCCUCAAGCGGGUCCGGUUAUUCCACCUACUCAGCUGAGAGGUACUGGUCAUGAUAGUGUUGGAACCUCAUGCACACAUCCCGGGGAUACCGAUGAUGAUCAUGAGGAAAGCUCGGAGGAUGAAGAGGGUGAGUAUGAUAGAAACGAGUUGGUUGUUUGGGUUGUAUUUUGA